AUGAUUCGCUCGCGGAUGACCAAGCCCGAGCUAGAAAGGUCAGUCCUAGAGAAGGUCUGGCCCAGGGGAACAGCAGCUAAGGCUGGGACUAGGCUGAAAGGAGUCUUGGACCUGCUAUGUACACCCAGCCUCAGGCUGAGCGCCGGCGGGUGGGUUCUCGUUUUCUUCCCUGCUUGUUGGGUACGCGAAAAGGAAUGGGUCACCGAACUCAGACAUUGCGAAGAUCAGGCUCUGAGGAUCGGUCCCUGGUCCAGAGGAAUCCCAUCACUCUGGAAGUACGUUACCAAGGGCGAAAAAAGGCCUUGGGACCAAGGGACUGCCAGACCUUUCUCUCGAAGUUCAGCUCCAGGAAAUGGUAUUGUUAGCGGAAAGGCCGCCAAAGUCAAUGAAGCCUCCUUGGAAAAGCAGAAGCCCCAUGCUCAAGUAGGGCUUAUGGGGCGCCAGCCAGCAAACGUGCGGCUCUCAGGUUUCAAAGGAUUGAUACCUAUCCUUCGCGACUAUUAG